AUGAUGCUGAGCCCAGACCAGACGGACCCGGAGCUGCCAUGGAGCCACUCGGACGCCGAAAGUGUGUUAAGUGACAUGAAGGCCGGCUGCAUGUCCGAGGAGCUCCACACAGACGCCGAAGGGAAACCCAAAGCUCUCGCACCGCAGCCGCUCACGCGCGAGGAGAAGCGACGGCGCAGGCGCGCGACAGCCAAGUACCGCUCUGCGCACGCGACCCGGGAGCGCAUCCGCGUCGAGGCGUUUAACGUGGCUUUCGGCGAGCUGCGCAAACUGCUGCCCACCCUGCCGCCCGACAAGAAGCUCUCCAAGAUCGAGAUCCUCAGACUGGCUAUCUGUUACAUCUCCUACUUAAACCACGUGUUGGAUGUUUGA